UUUGCAUUCCAAAGUUUCCACAUCACCAUUUUAGGUUAUGAAAAAUUGAAAAUUUAUUUGAAUACGUCAAAAAAAUCGGAAAAUACGAAAUUUUCAUUUUGAUAACAGUUUCCGUAAUGAAAAUUGGUAUUUGAUUCAUAGCUGAAAAUUAAUUUAGAAUAAUGAUUUCAAGUUUAAUUUCCCUAUUGGUCCUUUGCUCAGCAAUAUUGGGUAUCUAUGCAUCUGAGCUAACUUUUGAGCUCCCAGAUAAUGGAAAAGAAUGUUUUUAUGAAGAAAUAAAAGCUAAUACUACUGCAACACUCGAAUUUCAGGUUGUUACAGGAGGCCAGUACGAUGUAGAUGUAACUCUCCUCGAUUCAAGACAAAAUGUACUUUACAAACAACAAAAAAUGCAAUUUGAUUCACACACAUUCACAGCACAGCACACAGGAGUCUAUUCAGUUUGUUUCAGCAAUGAAUUUUCCACUUUCUCACAUAAAUUAGUGUACAUGGACUUCCAAGUAGGUGAAGAAGAACCUUUACCUGGAGUGGGUGAACACGUCACUGCUUUAACACAGAUGGAAACGUCUACAGUAGACACGCAUAAAUAUUUAAAUCUGAUCAUAGAUUUACAAACACAUCAUAGGCUUCGUGAAGCACAAAGUCAAAAACGGGCUGAAGAUUUAAAUGAAAGAGUGCUUAUUUGGUCUAUAUUGGAAACAGUUUCUGUAAUAAUAAUAGCUGCUAGUCAAACUUUUAUGUUAAAAAGCUUUUUCUCAGAAAAAAGGCCUGUGGGUCGUUAAGUGUUAAUGGAAACAAAAUCUUUGUCAUAUAAUUAAAUGAUAUUGUAUUCGACAAGUGGCCUGUGUAAUUUGUAUGUUAAAUAAAUUAUUUUAGUUAUUAAAUUGUCAUUCCAUCAUAAGUAUAAUGUACCUAAUGCAAUGUAAAUACAAUACAAAUAUUUAUGGGCAGCAAGCAGCCCUAUUUGGCAUAGAAUAAAUAAACAUUUUAAAUAUUUCAAACUUCACAAUUUGUAUCAAGGGUGUUUUUCAAAAAUAAAUCUAAAUAAGAGAGGACAGUCUGUUAUGAUUCCUUUCUUUAUAUGUAGAUAAUAUUAGAUUUGAUAAGUUUAAAAUUGUGUUUGAAAACCUUUGAAUUUUUUUUGCUUUUAUGGUUCCCAGACGUAGGAUUAAGUAUAAUUCCAAAGAUAAAUACAAUAAUUAGAAGACCUAAACAUGUAUUUGCUUUAAAAAAAACGCCAACAUAAAAUCUGAA